AUGCGGGAUGCGGUGAGCCCUGAGGAGCCGCUCUCUCUGCGGCGGCUCCGCGAAUCGCUGUCGAGCUUGGAGAGGCUUGAGCGGCAACGCCAUGCGCUGCGUGAUCGGCUUGAGCCGUCAGGUUUGGGCGGCUCCAUGGAGAACUUCCCGAGUGAAGACGGCGGGGUGUUCGUGAGAGAAGUCUUUGUCCACAUCCAGCGGCACAGCGCUGUGGUGGCCGGCCUGGGGCGCUGCGACCUCGGCUCGGAUAUGCCGCUCUUGCCGCAUCUGCAUUUUGGAGGCUCGUUCAGCAACAGCCAGAUGCAAAGCCCCGGCUCCUUUGCCGGCCCUGAGAUGAUGGCGAUGGGGCAAAAGAAGGACAAGAAGUUCAACUCGAAGGAGCUAGAAAGCUUUGGCCGUUGGCGCGGGCAACUCUAUCGGCUGGUGGUAUCUGCCUCUUGGGAGUUGCUGCUGAGCCUGGUGAUCUUAGCCAACUUCAUCAUCAUCAUCCUAGAAGCCAACUAUGGCGCUGCCUGUGAUGGUGAAUUGAUCACCAGCGGAUGCAUUCCGGCUUGGCCGGCCAUUGCCAACUAUUUCUUUGUGGCUUUCUACACUCUGGAGACUCUUGCGACUUUGUUUGUGUACAGAUCUCGGGUGUGCCGAGAUGGAUGGAUGCUUUUUGACCUGGGCAUUGUCUUCAUGGCCUGGGUGGAUAUUUGUGUCGCUGCUGUGGUCACAACCGCUGGGCUUCAGGAAGUUCAGCUUUUGAGGCUCUUCAGAAUAGCCAGGCUCGCGCGUGCUGCCAGGAUUGUGCACAUGUCUCCGGAACUGCAUGCGAUGAUGAUCGGGAUCAUCAGCGCGCUGACCACGGUGUUUUGGGGGCUCAUCAUGGUCAUGCUCCUCCUGGCAAUUUGGGCAGUGCUUGCCGUAGAGCUCUUGCAUGGAACAGCACAGGAGGUGCACGUGGACAACCAGAAGUGCCUAGAGGCCUUUGAUUCUGUGUUCAUGGUGAUGCUGAUGUUCUUCCAGACUUUGAUGGCUGGGGACAGCUGGGGCGACUGCGCGAUUCCCAUGAUCCAGAAGAACCCGCUGUCUCUCAUCAUCUUUGGAGGCUCGCUGCUGACGGUGCAGCUGGGUUUCGCGAAUUUGGUGCUGGCGGUGAUCGUGGAGAGGUCCCGGCAGGCCCAUGAGGAGGAGCAGAGGCAGAACAUCUUCGAGCAGUUCAAGAAGCGCCGGGAGGCGGAAAAUCGCCUCCGCGAGAUGUGCCAAGCCAUCGAUGUGGACCGGGACGGUGUGCUGACGCUGGACGAGCUCAUGGAUGCCUAUGCCACAAACGAGGAGUUCAGAAAGACGUUGUUCCUGCUGGAGAUUGAUGAGACAGACCUCAUUUGUCUCUUUGACCUGAUGGACGUGGAUAGAUCCGGGGACCUCACCUAUGAGGAGCUGAUUAGUUGUAUCAACAAGUCCGAGACCAACGAUCUGAAGCGGCAGAUGAUGCUGGUGAAGCUUCAGGUGCAGGACAUCUGGCUGCGGGUCCGGGACCAUUUGAACGAUGCCCAGGAGAACAUCAUCAACUCGGUGAAGGGCGAGACACGGAAGCCAUCGCUCCUGGACGCGAAGACCUACCUCAUCAGAAAGCUGACACGUGACAGCUCAGCCAGCUCACACACCAGUUUGCCGGCGAAGAAGAGCAACAUGUCCGCUUUUUGCAAGGACUUCAAGGCCAUGAUGCCAAUCUCCGAGCAGCAAGACGCUGGAACGGAGUACACCGCGCCAGUUUUCGCGGUCAGGCAGCUGCACACGGGGCUAAAAGAGGAACUCAAGCAACAGCUUGAGUCGCAGCUGGAGAGCUUCACCACCUUCAUUGACCGCGAGAUCUCCGAGCUCAUUUUUCGACAGUGGCCCUUAGCGCGGGAGCUGGACGCCAAUAAUUGGCAGAACGCCCAAGACCAGUGGGGCGUGGAGGUCGAGGAUGUGAAUGGCGAUGGGGUGAAUGGCGAGGCGCAUGGAAGCGAAGUAACCGCAAGUGGUGGUGGAACUGGCGGCAUCGGAAGCUUUGCCAGCCCCAGGGAAGCCUGGAGAAGCACCGAGGAGCCGCUGGCGGCCUCCCCCAGGUGCCAGCCGCGCGAUGCGCUUUCCAUGGCGUUGGAAAGGGCGCAGGACCACAUCGAGGCGCUGCAGCGCGAGCGCGACGACGCGCUGCGCCGCGCCGCGGAGCACGAAGCCGAGGUUUUGCGCCUCACCAUGCUGGUGGAGAGGUCAGAGGCUGGGCACUGCGCGCUGCUGGAGGAGAGACAGCGCGAGCUCGCGGAGGUGCAGCGGCUGCGGAAGGAGCACCGGGAGGCCCGGGACCAGCUGCAGGUGCUCAAGGCGGAGGUGAACCAGACGAGAGCGCACUCAGAUGACAAGCGCCAACGAUUUGAGAGGCUAAUCACGGAGCAGCGCGAGCAGAUCGAGGUCUUGCAGGAAGCCAACGGACACGCGGAGCGGCAACUGCAGGACAGAGGCUCGCAGUCUAUGGACAUUGAGACGUCACUGUUCUCGUGCUUGCAAGAGCGCACAGCUUUGCUCCAGUUCAUGGUGGACUUGCUCUCGGCCCUGCAGACUUUAUUCUACGACCCCACGCCCUUCACCCGGCUGAGCAUUCGCUCGCCGUCGCCCUCCCCGGCCAGUGGCUCUUGUCGCCGCCGCCCGCCCUCGCGGGAAGCGUGGCACAGGCAUGCCGGAUGCUUCGCUUGCGGCUCCACCGACUUUGCGCCGCCGAUGGACAAGGGCCUCAAAGAGGCGCAGGUGGCCUGCAGCGAGGACUUGAAGGAGCUGUGCAACGCCUUGGAGGGCGAGAUCGCCCAGGCUUCCCAAGCCUUUUCGGCGCAGGUUCAGCGAGUUCUGGCUGAGGCGGAGCAGAGCGCCCGAGCCGUGAGCGCGGCGCAGCCUGGGCAGCUGCUGCGCGCCUGCGCUGCCUGGGUGGAGCAGGAGAAGCGGCGGAAGGAGAGGCAAGGCCUGCCGGUUGAUCGUCCAGUACCAGCUGUGGACUGGGGCGAGGAGCGCGCGCAGUACUUGGCCACCACCAGAGCCAUGGAGAGCAAGUUCGCGCAGCUGCUCAAGCUCCGGCGCCUCCAUCAGGUCAGGCACAGCGCAGCGCGGAAGAAGGCGCCGGCCGGAAGGUACUGA